AUGAACGGCUUAGUCAGAACAGCACAUAAAGUUCUUCAGACUUGCGUAAAAAACGCGGGUCUUACAAAUUCAAUAGUGUCCCGUACCCAGGUUCCGGUGAAACGUGAUUUCACGAGAGGAAUAUGGCAUAUGAGUUGUUCCAAGAAGAUGGACACCUCAGCUUCUUCCAGCCUCUUACAGAACCACUCAAAUACCUGCAGCUGCGGUUGUGGACUCAAAGCACUUCAUACAAAAGGUGAAAGAGAACUUGUAGAAUUCUUGACUGAAGAAAUAGUAGCUGAACGUAAAGCUCAAAAAAUGAAGAACCUGCCCUCCGAACUAGAAGGGUUUGCAGUCAAGAGUGAUGGUGCUGAAGUAGUACUCAGCAAACAAUUAAAAGACGAACUAGUAAGUAUAACAUUCAAUGUGAACCACACAGUGGACUCGGAAGAUUUUGCAGAAGAUGCCCAACCUGAAAAGCAAGAGUUCUCAGAGAUGCGCUCAAAGCCCCAAUUUGAAGUGGACCUGGUAAGGGGAGACACCACCCUGGGUUUCACAUGCUCCUUCCUCCAAGAUUCUGCUUCUGCUGGUAGUGAUGAAUAUAAUGACAUCUUUGGUAUUGAUGAGGUAACAUUACAUAAGGGCGAGUGGAACGACAAGGUGUACGCCGUCGCCGGAGACGUACUUGACGGGUACCUGUAUGAUCUGUUGAUGAAUCUGCUAGAAGAAAAGGGUAUUAGCAAUGAAUUUGUCCAGAAGCUCUCAGACUUCAGUACUGCGUACGAACACACUGCCUACAUCAACCUGCUUGAGAGUAUCUCAAAAUUCACCAUUGGAAAACAA